AUGACGUAUAAUCUCUUAUUUGACCGAGUAUCGAUCUGCUUAGCCCCAGGCAUACUUUCAUCUGCAGAUUUGGCUGCUGCUGCAGGUGAGACCUGCGCAGCAUGGUACACCGUUGUUGCAGAAGGCGCCGUUGCCAUUGCACCCUCUGCAGACUUGACUGCUGCUGCAGUAAGUCCCAGCGCAGCACGGCACACCGUUAUUGCAAAACGCGCCGUUGCCAUUGCACGCUCUGCAAACCUGACUACUGCUGCAGUAGAAGCCGUUGCAGCACGGGACGCCGUUGUUGCAAAACGCGCCGUUGCCGUUGCAGGCCCUGCAGACCUGGCUGGAGCUGCAGAAGAGCCCGCUGCAGCAGGGCACGCCGUUGUUGCAGAACGCGCCGUUUCCGUUGCAUCCUCUGCAGACCUGACUGCUGCUGCAGAAGAGAUUGGCGCAGCAGGGAACGCCGUUGUUGCAGAACGCGCCGUUGCCGUUGCAGCGCUUUUCGAGGUCGGCGGCGGCCGGCUCGGGCUCGGCGGCCGGAGUGGCGACAGCAGCGCCGAGGAUGGAGAGAACAAGAAGAGCUUUGAGCAUCGUUUUCUGAUAGAAGGUUGUGACUCUUUCCCUUACGUCUAA